AUGCCUACCAACAAAGCUGCCUGGCUCACUGAGCCGAAAUCAUAUCCCUUCCAAAUCAAGGAUGCCCCGUUUCCUACGGCUGGACCGGGAGAGGUUGUUAUUAGGAAUGUUGUCACUGCUUUAGCAGAACCCCGCCGAGUGGAAAAUACAAUCAGAGAUCUCGGAGUGAUUGUGCAGAAAUAUCCAACCAUCCUAGGAGCGGAUGCGGCUGGACACAUCGAAGAUGUUGGCGAGGGUGUUACUCAUCUGCAAAAGGGCCAGCGGGUGAUAGGAUAUUGUACCGGUCUUGGACUUCAAAAUCAUGAGUUCGGAACCUUCCAGCUCUACAGCAAAGCCGCCGCAAACCUCGUCUCGCCGAUUCCCGACGACAUGAGCUUCGAGGCGGCGUCGGUGCUUCCCCUCGCCAUCGCAACUGCUUCAGUGGGCCUUUAUAAGAAGAAGUAUCUCAGCCUACCUCUCCCAAGUCUGAAGCCAUCGCCGACAGGAAAGACGCUGCUGGUAUGGGGUGGAGCCUCAUCAGUUGGCGGCACGGCGGUGCAGCUUGCGGUUGCCUCGGGAUUGAGGGUCAUCACGACGGCUUCAAAAGCCAACUUUGAAAAGGUAAAAGAGUUAGGAGCUGAUACCGUUCUCGACUACCACUCUGCAACUAUCGUCGAUGAUGCCAUCAGGGUGUUGUCUGGGACGGACGUUGCGGGAGUUUACGAUGCGAUCUCCUCUCCUCAAUCUUUGCAACCCAUCGGCGCUAUCCUCGACAAGCUUGGGGCGCACAAAGUGAUAACGGUGCUACCUGUUGAGGGAGACUUUGGUCAAAAUGCGAUCAUAUCGUUCGAGACGGCCUUUCAAAUCACUGAAAAUCCUCAGGAAGUCGGCGAUCCGGUUUGGAGAGAAUUUGUGCCUGGAGCGCUCAAGAACGGUCAGCUGAAGGCCAAGCCGGACCCCGAGGUGGUGGGAAAGGGGCUGGAGUCGAUUCAGGCUGGGCUUGAGCGGCUCAAGAAAGGGGUCUCGGCGACGAAGCUGGUGAUUCAAUACUGA